UUUUGUUAUAGUUGACGCCAAAAAAUUGCGCCAUAAGUUGUGACAAAAAUUUCGCCAAGCUUAAGAAGUUAUAAAAGACAUUUAAAACGUGAUUUAAGGAUCGCAAAUUACCAAAACCAUGACCGACAAGAAGAAGGAUGACAUUGGCAGGGCCGUGAAUGUUGCGGAUGUCGAGGAAACGCCAGCUUAUAUAGAAAGAGCCCUGGUGCAAUUGCGGUCUGAUAAUGCUAUUCGAUCAGCCUAUAUCGCAGAAAUGAAGAAACAGUUGGUUGCACUGACUAACGUGAAGUACUCCGCUAUGUCCUACUUGAACUAUGAAGAGGUGGGCCAGAACCUGAUGCCCGCAUUGCGCGUUAUGGUUGCCAAAAACGCAAGGAUCGUCGAGUAUCUUACUCAGGUGGUCCAGGCAAAGAGCACCGUGGCUCAGGCCUAUGAUGAUCAUUGCAAGAAGGUGCAGAAAGCCAAGGAGGCACAGAAGGGGCAGAGGGUCUAUGACGAAUUUACCACAAUGUCCCACCAUGAACUACAGCAGCGCAUCGACGAGGUCAAGAGUGAAGUGGCCGUGUCCCGUGCGAAGUUGGCAUUAAAAGUCAAGGAGGUUAAGGAAAAGAAGGAGCUGCUCAAUGCCACCAAAAAAAGCUUGCUUGCUGAUAUUCGCGCUCUAGCCCAAGUCGAACGUGAUGCCAUCGAUAUACUCGAAGAACUCAAAUUGGAUAUUUCCAUUAAGACCGCAAUGAGAGCAAUCAAAUAAUUUCAAUCUAUAUCAAUGUAAACUUUAAAAUAAGCGCCAAACUUGUUAGGAUUAGUAUUGGCUCUCUGCUUUGAUCAAUUCAGAUUUGAUUUAUCUACAAACAAAAAAAAGAAACCCUCAAUUAAAAUGAGUUGCGUUACGUUCUUAUUAAACUAGGAUAAAGAAAUCCCAAAUGUUAUUUUUUGUUGUGACACGUGUAAUAAAUAAUGUGUUCUAAAUA